AUGUCGGUAGAGAGCGGUGUAGGUGUUAUCUGCGGCUGCCUCCCAGGCUGCAAGCCCCUCAUGAACAAACUGUUCCCACGCGUCUUCGGCAACACGUCCCAAGCAUCGUCCCGCCGCCGGCCAUCAAACAACUUCCUCGGAGGCAAAUUCGCACCAACGUCAUCUUCAUCGGCAGGAAAAUCCGAGCAGGGGUCAUACCGCAUGAAGCCUAUCCAGUCUCGUCCCGAAAUACGGCGCGGUGCGACCAUGGAGAAGCGACCACAGCCAGACGUUGAGAAGCAACUCCCUGCGCCCCCACAACCGUCGCACCAAGGGCUGCGGCCACCCAGCCGAGCGGCUUUCACCGGAAGGAGACAAGGAGAUGCGUAUAGAGAGCUACAGGGCAAUGGAAGUGAUUCGAGUGUAGAGAUAUUCCUUUUGCAGCGUAAUUAA